UACUCACAAUAGCUUCCUAGAGCUUCAGGUUGACGUGGAUAUUAACGAUGGCGGAGACUAAAGCUGAGCUGUCAACGGACACAUCAAACCUUCACAUUUCUAACAGCAGCGGGAAUGUGUCCUCUCAGUCCAAUAAUCCUCUUUCCAGAAAACUCAACAAGAUCCUGGAAACCAGGCUGGAUAAUGACAAGGAGAUGCUGGAAGCGUUGAAAUCUCUUUCCGUGUUCUUUAUGGAGAACAGUCUGAGGACCAGGAGGAACUUGCGAGGAGACAUUGAGAGACGCAGCCUGUCCAUUAAUGAAGAGUUUGUGCGAAUAUUUAAGGACGUAAAAGAGGAGCUGGAGAGUGUGCAUGAAGAUGUUCAAGCCAUGAGCAACUGCUGUGAAGAAAUGACCAACAGAUUAAAGGCAGCUAAAGAACAAACGCAGGACUUGAUUGUGAAGACCAACAAACUCCAAGGAGAGAAUCAUCGGUUGGAGGUUCGAUCACAGGUGGCUCAAGCUUUUCUGUCAAAGUUCCAGCUGUCUGCUGCUGAGAUGGGCACGUUACGCUCUGCACGAGAUGGGCCCAUCACCGAGGACUUCUUCAGAGCUCUAAACCGUGUGAAGAACAUUCAUGAAGAUGUGAAGGUACUUUUGAGAACCAACCAGCAAACAGCAGGACUGGAGAUCAUGGAGCAGAUGGCUGUGUUACAGGAAACGGCAUAUGAGCAGUUAUAUCGCUGGGCUCAGAACGAGUGCAGAGGGUUGACUCAGGAAACAUGUGAUAUUUCUGCAGUGCUGAGUCAGGCUAUGGAAGCUCUCCAGGGGCGUCCUGUUCUUUAUAAGUACACGCUGGAUGAAUUCGGAACGGCUAGGCGCUCUUCCGUGGUUCGUGGGUUUAUCGACGCCCUGACCCGUGGCGGCCCGGGCGGCACCCCGAGACCCAUCGAGAUGCACUCACACGAUCCCAUGAGGUAUGUUGGCGACAUGUUGGCGUGGCUCCAUCAAGCCACAGCCUCAGAGAAGGAACAUCUGGAAGCUCUGCUCAAACAGGUUACCAUACAAGGGGUUGAUGAGAACAUGCAGGAAGUUGUUGGCCACAUCACUGAAGGAGUCUGCAGACCACUUAAGGUUCGUAUAGAGCAGGUCAUUGUUGCCGAGCCCGGCGCAGUUCUGCUGUAUAAACUCUCCAACCUGCUCAAGUUUUAUCAUCACACCAUCAGUGGAAUCAUAGGUACCAGUGUUUCCUCUCUGUUAAUGACUAUGGACGAGAUGCACAUGCUCAGUAAGAAGAUGUUCUUUAACAGUCUCAGCCUUCACGCCAGUCGUCUCAUGGAUAAAGUCGAGCUCCCUCCUCCUGAUCUGGGUCCCACAGCGUCUCUCACUCAGACUCUGUCGCUCCUCAGAGAGGUUUUGGCCUCCCAUGAUUCUUCAGUGCUGCCUCUAGACACCCGUCAGGCUGACUUCGCACAGGUGUUAUCCUGUAUCCUCGACCCCCUUCUGCAGUUGUGCACGGUAUCAGCCAGUAAUCUGGGCACAGCUGACAUGGCCACAUACAUGGUGAAUUCCCUCUACAUAAUGAAGACCACACUGGCUCUCUUCGAGUUCACUGACAAACGCUUGGAAAUGCUGGAGUUUCAGAUCGAAGCUCAUUUGGACACUUUAAUAAAUGAGCAGGCGACAUACGUUCUGACGAGAGCUGCACUGACUCACAUCUACAGCUGCGUUCAGCAACACACCACAGAACAGGGUCCUUUGGCCAACCUCCCCGGCAUGGACAACACUUCCUUAAAAACUGCCAUGGUCCAGUUUGACCGUUAUUUGGCCUCCCCUGAUACGCUUUUAAUGCCGCAGCUGAACUUCCUGCUCAGCGCUGCUAUCAAGGAUCAGAUCUUCAAACAGUCCACGGAGCUGGUGUGCCGUGCGUAUGGUGAGAUGUACAAAGCCGUAACCAACCCCGUAAACGGCUAUAAAGAGCCGGAGUCUGUCCUGCACAGAUCGCCGCAGCAGGAGGGCGGUCAUACGCUGGUAAAUAUUCAGCACGGAGAGCUCCAGCAUUAUCUGUGUUUGCCGUACAUGUGAUCACAUCGUGUACUACAUCAGUGAGCUGAUAGUGGAACUGGGUGGAGUCAGGUUACUCAUUCAUGACUUUAUGUCUGCCAGUGUGAAGCCGUUAACAGUCACUUUCAUCCGAGGUAAUCGUGUUAUCUUGUGGUUAGGAAUGUCUUUCAUGAUUUUCAUGUUUUAUUUUUUAUAUCUUUCAAAAUAUUUGAUUAAUAAUUCAAGACAGUUGCUCUGACAUUGAUAUUGUAGACAUUACAAUGUAGAACAAGAGUCAAAUUGGCUUUAAAAGUCAUUUCAACUUUAUAUUUCUACUCAUCAAAAUAUGUCAUUUCAAAAUGUCAAUUUAAAAAAAAAGUUGAAACGACUUUUAGAGCCAAUUUGGUUGUACUAUAAAAAAGGUAAAUGGUCAAUUUUUUGCUGCUUGACAUUUUUUUUUGUACAUUUUUUACUUUUAUCCAAAGCAACUUACAAAUUAGGGAGCAUUCAACUUUUUUUACCGAUUAGCCAGGUACCAAGAAAGAAUAGAUUUUACUACAUUUAAAAAAAUGACUGCCCAUAUUUCGUUGUUUUCUAUAUGUUUAGGGCUGUCAAACGAUUAAUAAACGUCAACGUGAAUAAUCACAUUCAAAAUAAACAUUUGUGUUUACAUAAUAUACAGCAUGUGUAUAUGUACUGUGCAUAAUAAUUUUUUAUUUAUAUACACAUACUGAACACAUACACAUACAAAUAAAUGUAUUUAGGAAGUAUUUACUUGUAUUGAGCAACAAUCAAAAUAAAUGAUUAUAUUUUUUUAAUUUUUCUUAAAUAUAUGCAUGUACAGUAUGUUUAUGUUUUUAUAAAUACAAAAUGUAUAUGCAAAGUACUCAGACAUAUAUUAUGUAAACACACAUUUUUAUUCUGAAUGCGGGUAAUCAUUUGACAGCCAUAAUAUUUUUAUAUUUUAUAUCCGUAUAGACGGUUUCAGAAGCAACAACAUAAAGAAACAUUCUGUGGCCCAAACUUAACCCCUGCGAAGAAUCAAUAACUAUUGAAUAGUUUUAAUGUAAUUUAACACAAUUGAUAUACAAUACAAUAUGAAUAUAAAUAAAAUCUAAAAUAAAUGGUUAGAUUUUAACCAAACACAGACCGGAAGUUAAAUUUGGUAAAUAUCUGUUUUCUGAUGACAGAAUUUUCCUUUUUGAGUGAUCUAUGCCUUUAACUAUAAAAAUCAUUAUUAUAAGCUUAUCUUUGUGAAUCAGGUAAGAUAUUUUUUGUUUAUUUUAAACACGUUCCACAAUGGUUCAUUUCUUGAACAAUUUUAAAUAGAAAUGCAAUAGACUGCUGAUGUGUUUGUUUAUUCAUGCUGUCAUUACACCAUUUCUAACACAGAGGUCAGUUUUCCCCGUAACCAUUGUGCAUACAUUUUCUGUAUCUCAGGGUCAUGACAGGAGAACUACACACGGUGUUGUCAUGACUCUUGUGCUUCUCAAGGUCAAAUAAACAAAAUAGGUGAGGUGGUGAUAUGUUACGUUGUGAUCUGUUUGGAUCCUGCGGCAUUCAAUUGGGAGAUUUAAUCUAGAUGACACCGGUUUCUUAGGUCAUUUUUAAACGGUUUCUUUGUUGUAUCACACAUACUUUGUCUAAGUAAUAAACUUGGGCAAAUACCUUAUGCCAUUCGGACAUGAAUUAUACGGCAUGUACCUCUGGUAUUACUUUUCUAAACGUUAAAAAGAGUAAAUCUUGAUAAGAAUAACCACUUUCCAUAUACUUCCACUGUAGCAGAGACUUGAGCCAUAUAAUUGCGAAUAAAAUACAGUAGCAUAUUUGAUUUGGGCUGCUCCGUAAGCCCCUAGCAACCAUAUAGCAACGGAUGGGCCAACCAACAGAACAGUUUUACACGGACAAGCCUCUAUUUUUUUUUUUUUAUGUAAAUAUGAAGUUGUAAACAAGUACCUAGUUUUAACCUAGUAUUUUCUGAAAAAUCUUUGACAAAUAACAGAAGUACUUGAUUGUUAGGUCAACCUAAAUGAUGCUGUAUUUAUGUUAACUAGACAGUAAUUUGUUGUCUUUUGUAGAAGAGCACCCAGUUUUCUGUCUAACUCUGUUAAGCGAAAGCGAGAGAGAAAGCCUGAGAUUAGUGCAGGACGAUGGGUAGAAUUGGAGAGGUCUUAAAGAGAGAAGCAAUCACCGUGGUUACUCAGUAACCUAGGGCAACAGCUGUCGCUCACCUCUCCCCUAAUACCCUUCACCCUCAGGCCCACGUGAAGAGGGACUGCAAUGAUCCGGCCAGCUCUCGUGCACGCACACACACACACACUGAAGGGAGGACCCUUUAGGGAAAGACUUAUAGCUUAGCUUAAAGAGCUAGAAGAGAACCACUUUUAAUGUUAGUAAAGUUUAAUGUGUUGUGUGUUCACGUACAAUAUGCAACGUGUUUUACUCCUGCUAUGUAUUUCUGAGUGAAACCGAAAAAUGAAAGGUUGUGAGAUAUUACCGGAUUAUAAAAGUGGGUGUUAAAUAAUGUGAUGCCCCUAUAUGCUUCUGCCCCAGCUUACUCUUGAAACUUGGCAUUGCGGCACUGUGAAUAUAAAUUUUAGCAAUUUUGAUAAAUUGCUUGUGAUGUUUCUAAUUUGUACUGAUACUUUGGAUAAACGUGACUGCAACAUAAAAUGUGAAUAGCCCACUGGAAAAAGACGUUUCAAGAGCAAAUUCAUUGUGAUUAAAGAUUAUAAUUGAUAGAUCACCCAAAAAAGAUUUUUUUCAUCAUUUCUUUCUUCCUUAUGGUAUUCCAAACCUGCAUGACUUUCGUUCUUCUGCAAAACACAGAAAAAAAGAUAA